AUGUCGUACUACCAGGUUGGUGGGUUCAGAGCCCACUCGGAGGCUUGGUCGAGGAACUAUGACGACGCGUCUGUAAUCGCCAAUAUUGGCGCGGCUCCUGGUCCAGGCCAUCUCCGCCCUGAUGGUGCCCAGGGGGCGCUCGAGCUCGUUUUUGGUGUUCUACCGAACGGCGCCACCAACAUCCUUCUGACGAAACCACAAAUGAUAGAACUCACGAGGAACCACGGCUACCGCCAGCCGUACCACAGUCCGCAUACGGCAAGCUCGUACCUUUCCCUUAGCCCGCUCAGCUUCGAUUUUCCCUCACGCACGGCGUUGGAACGGAAGCUCGAGAAGUACAAGCAGAAGUCCAACAAGGGAAAGAAGGCUCCCGCGGACAUGAUCGACAACAGCCCUGCGAAUAAAGCAUACUACUACGAUGGCAGCGAUACCACCGCUACCCCGAUAGGACGGGCGAGAGCCUUCUUUGAGCAUAACAGAGUUCUCUAUAGAACUUUAAUGAACUCUAUAGAUCCUGCGAGCUUGUCUCUCCCGGAAUAUCUGCCUACUAAGCUCUCCGAAUUACGUGUCAUCUCCUUUGCGUACAACAAUUGGAGAGUCGACGCAAGACCGCGCCACGAGCGCCUCGGAUCACCUAGACUUCUUGACAUAGGUUGGGCAGAAACCGAGAUCAAGAACUUCGUUUCGAACAAAUCCUGCAUCGAUCAGGUCCAUUGCACCAUUAAGGAAAAUCAGACUUUCAAGAACGCAAGCGAGCCUUGGACUUUCCUUCACGGUGUCACAGAAACUAUGAGAUUGGAAGAUGCCGGGAAGAAGCUGAAGGCGAUCUUAACUCGGGUUGCUUCCCCUAAGAGCCAGAAUGAGGAGUUCAAAGACACCAAGCGCCAUCCGGUGCUACUUCUCGUGCACGACGCUGAGAUGGCCAUGGCGGUCCUCCGACACCUCGGCAUAGACGUCCUUAACAGUAGUGGCAUCGACUUCUUUGCUGACAACACCCGUAUUUCUGAUCUUCUUGAAUUCCCUGCCGUGUCAGAGAGAUACUACGACAGGAAGCGCGAGUAUUCCCCGCGUCGAGGUCCGUCAGUCAAGAAGGAGGAGGCGGUCGACUACGGCUACCCCGACGACCGACGUGAUUAUCGCUACGCGUCGUCUGCCAGCGUCAAACGCGAGGACGACCGCUGGCGUGGCGGCAACCGUGCUGGCAAGGACUCCCGCUCAGCCACAGCCUCGAGCUCGAGCUCGUACCGCGAGAGAAGCACCACGUUCGAGGCGCCUCCUUCCGACUCGGGCGCCCGAGGCACGCAGAAGGUGUACGUCAUCGACGUGCGCGCGCUGCACAGCACGAUGAUGAACGCUGUUGGCCCCGACGCGGGGAGCAUCGGGCGUAUCGCGAAAGAUCUCGACGUCGCGUAUGACGCGCCGUCGGAGCGCAAUGGCACGGUCGUGACGUAUAGGUGCUGCGCGGGCAAUGAGGCGAGGCUGUUACUCGAAUUUUGGGUGGCAAUGGCCUCCGGCGCCGACAUCGAUACGCAGAACGCUGAACGGUCGGUCACCCUGGAAUACGACCCAGAUGACCUGCCGCCCGCCGGGCCCGCACCCGCUCACGCUCCUUCAUUCGAUCCGUUCGAUGAGAGCGUAGACCCGAAUGACUUCGAGCCGGCUGUAGCGCCUGGUGAGUCAGGAUCUGGUGGCGGACCUCACGUCGUGCGUGCAGAAGACUCAGAUGGAUGGGACGAGUUUUGAAAAUCUCGCGAUAUGACAGAGAAUGGAAGAUCUACUGAAGACGAAUUUAGGACGCGAACUUAGUUCCAACAUACCUACUGUACAU